UGGAGAAGGCAUUUGGAAUAACCGGCCGGCAAGCAGCAAGAACAGAACGGAGACCGUUUUACUUUCCUGACACCCAAGCCUAACCACAGGUAUGAAGACACCGCUGAGUCCUGCCCACUUCAUAGAGCAUGGCCAGAUGGCCUUCCCCUUUCAAGGCUGUCUGGAGCUGAAUCAGCUGAUGGGGAUGGAACCUACCACCAACAGCCAAGCCCAGAUCAACAUGGAUAUACAGCAACAGCAGCAGGAGAAGAAGAAGCUGUUCUACUCGAUGUGUGAUGUGUGUAACAUCCAGCUGAACUCCCAGGCUCAGGCCCAGGUGCACUACAACGGGAGGUCCCACCUGAAGAGGAUUAAACAGAUGAACAAUGGGGAGGUUCCUCCGGCUCCGGCACCAGCUACUGGGUCUCUACCCACCUCUACACUAACCCUUAGUACCAGUACCACCAGCAGUAGUACAGGAAGUUCAUGCCAUAGCAACACACUGCCUGCGCUGGUGCGGAAUCAGUCUCUGAUGAUGCAGUCCACUUUGGAUAUGAAACCCUUUAUGCCCUUCCACCAAGUGGACACCUCCUCUAGUGUGGGACUCUUCCCUAAUUUUAACAUGGUAAGAAAUUGCUGCUUUCAUCUCUUGUUAGUAAUGCUUUCCCGAGCCAGAACACCCCAUAGGGCAGUAACCUAUCUCCUUUUUCUGUAGUGUGAGGCAGAUUGAUGAACAGGUACAGCCACUGGACUGGACGCUAGUCCUUUCAUCUCAUGUAUUUGUAGUUUAUUGUCACUAUUAUUGAUCUUAGAUUUCAGUAUUGUUUCAUUGCCAGAAUCCUACUGUCUUUCUUUUCCUGAAUCAUGAAUUCUAAAUGGCUUAGGAGAUUCUUCCUUUUCCCUUCACAAAGAAUCUUAAUGGCAAAUGCACAGAGAAAGAGAGAGAGCGAGAACACUGCAGUCCCACCAUCAAGGCAUCGAUUCCAACCCUCCAAAACUGAGAGGUGGAAACAAAAUCUAUUCUUGCUUAUAUCUUGCCAAAAACACAUCUCAUGCUGAUAGUUGAUGUGGCAGGUGUAAAAAUGUCAUGACCUGAAAAAUCGACUGAGAGAGUUAGUUAAAGAGUUUCUAUGCUUGUUUAAUUCUGUGUUGGCCGGGCUGUAUGCUCCAACCAUAACGUUUUGUGAUGGGUGGACCGUUCUAUUUACAUUUUAUUUCUAUGUCUCCUCCAACCUACAGAGUAAGACAGAACAGUGUCCUGUUAAAAGGGACUGAGAGGUAGGCAGCAACAGGAGGACUCACCUGCUCAUGUCUGUGUGACUGUGAUUCCCAGGCCUGCCAUGGUCCGAUGUGACAACACUCUUUGGAACAGUUAGUGAGAGCCUUGCCUGUAGUCACGGCAACCUGUCAGGAACACUCUGCCUCACAGCGCUAGUCUCCAGCUCAGACCUGGGUUCAAACACUACUCUAAAUCAUUUCAAAUACUCUGUCUGUGCUUGACUGAGGUUGCCUGUUUCCAUAGAUCCAAUAGAAAAACCUGAAACAUCCAAACCCAGUCAACCUGGCACUCCAGUCAAGGCUAGGGAAAAUGCUCAAUAGUAUUUGAAAGAUUUCAAAUAGUAAUUGAACCCAGAUCUGCUCCAGUUUAGCUCAGCUGAGUCCAGUGUGAUUCCAUUGGCUGAGACAAAGACACAUCUAAACCAGACAUAGUGGCUCUACUGCUGUCGUUGACUAUUAAGUGGUAGUGUACUAAGUUCCUGUUGGUGAGAGUGAUGUUGAUUAUAUACACUGUGACUGUAAUGAUGACACCAACAUUAAAUAUUGUCCAAAAGUUCAUCUGGGGAC